AGACAUCGGCGGUGGCCGAGCCAAGAAAAGGAAGAGAUGUCAGGACAUGUGUUAAGAUUAUGUAGCAGAAGUGAAGGAAACAUAAUGAACUAAUGUACCAAGGAAAAUUAUCACAUUGCUGGAAACAUGCCAUAAAUCUAAUAGCUGAAAUAACGAUAUCCACAAGGAUUACAACGGUCAGGAAAAUAGUUUCCAGGCAUUACCGUCCAUCGUUAUAGAACUGCUUGCUUUGCCUUAAAUCUGGAUAAAGCCCUUUUUGGCAGUCCAAGUACAGUUUAAUAGAAUCAUAGAAAGAGUUGAUGUCAGCAUGGAUUCUGGAAUUGCGGUUAUGACAUCUUCCUCCAGAUAUUUUCUUCAUUGAAAAAGCAAUUCACGAAGAAUCAACAGAAUGCUUUCUGAUGAAUCCGCGCACACCCCUGUGUUCAACCGAUCCAUCUCCGAGACUUCCAUGGACAACUCAUCAAUGGAAGAUUUCUGGUGUGAACUCAAGAACAUCAAAGAGAACAGCGAGAAUGGGUCAGACGACAGUCUGCUCGUGGAUGUAAAGCCUGUGGAUGAUGGUGAGCUAGAGGCAGAAUGGCUACAAGAGGCAGGCCUGUCCAACCUAAUUUCUGGUACUCAGGGACACGAUGGUCAGGCUUUACUCUCCACAUUAACUCGAAUCCAGGCAGCUGCAGUGCAAAAAAGAUACAAUUCUUACACUCAGACUAUGAGGAAAAAGAACAAACAUUCAGUAAGGGAUGUGCGGGAUAUCUUUGGAAUUCAUGAAACUACACCCACAUUUGAAGCUAUACCCGUGUCCCCUCUUGCAACGAAUGGGAUUCAGAUGCCCAUGAAAAAAACCAUAAGGAAACCUAUCACUUCUAACAGCUGCACUUUAGAAAAAAUUAACCCUGCGGUAGCAGAAGAACUGUCUUUUGAGGUGUCAUUCUCAGAGUCCAUCGUUAUAAAUGAUAAAGAGAAACAGACGAACCAAAAAAUUAAAAAGGAUGACUGUAUUUUACCUAAAUUCAUUGUUUGGAAAAGCAGAUUUGGGCUCACUGAAGUUGAAGAUUUAUCUCUUGAAGACAUGAAGAAAAUACGUUAUCUCUCCCUAAUCGAAUUAACAGCCUUUUAUGAUGCUUUAGGGAUUGAAUUAAAGAGAAAUAGAGUUCUACGUGUUAAAGGAAGAGAAAAUGGCCUUUUCGGAGUGCCUUUGACAACAUUAUUAGAAAAUGAUCAAAAGAAAGUGCCUGGUACAAAGGUCCCCUUGAUCUUUCAAAAAUUAUUGCAGCGACUUGAGGAAACAGGUCUAGAGACUGAAGGAAUACUGCGAGUUCCAGGCUCUGCCUCUCGGGUUAAGAGUCUUCGUGAAGAAUUGGAAUUAAAAUUUUACAAUAACACUUUUGACUGGAAGAAAGUUCGAAACACGGAUGCUGCCUGUCUUCUAAAAAUGUUUAUAAGGGAAUUGCCCGCACCUCUGUUUACAAUGGAGUAUCUCCCUGCCUUCAUUGCUUUAGUAGAAAAAAUCUCCAAGAUCAAAUUGCAGCUGCAGGCUCUACAUCUAUUAAUCAUGCUUCUGCCAGAUGCCAACCGAGAUACUGCCAAGGCUUUACUGCACUUCCUUAAAAAAGUUGUGUCAAAUGAAGUAAAAAACAAAAUGAGUUUGUGGAACGUAUCAAUGAUCCUUGCACCAAACCUGUUUAUUUACAAAGGCAAAAGUCCCAGCCAAGAAGAGAUGAAGGCGGCAGCAUUUACUGCACACAUUGUCCGAAUUUUAAUUAGGUACCAGGACAUUUUAUGGACGGUUCCAGCCUUUCUGAUCUCGCAAGUACGGAAAAUGAAUGAGGCGGCGUUGAACAAUAACAAGAAACAGCUUAUUUUCGAUAAGAGCGUAAGGAAAUUAUUAAGGAGAAAGACUAUGGAGCGUGAAAGGCCUGAAAGAAGAGAGCACUGUGAUGUACCUGAAGGAGUGAUAAGAGUCUAUGCUCCAUUGCACUCAAAGGUUUCCAUGGCAAUCCAGCUGAACACUCGGACAAAAGCCAAAGACAUCCUGGCGCGGUUUCAGUGUGAAAACAGCCGUGGCACUUCUGAUAAAUCACUCAACCAAAGUUUAUAUGAAAUUGGCGGAAACAUAGGUGAACACUGCUUAGACCCGGACACCUAUAUGCUGGAUGUAUAUCAUGUAAAUCCUAAUGCAGAAUGGAUAUUAAAACCCAAAAACAGCUGAGAACCAUGGAUUGUGCAGCAAUUCCUUUAUCUUCAAGCCACACUGUUGGAAUGUAUUGGACUGAGGGCAGUACAGGUGCUAUGUACUAUGACUCACAUUGCUUGAGAUGAUAGACUAUGAAGACAUGGGUACUUUGGAAAGUGAACACUAAAUCUGUGGAGAAAAUAUGUGGCCCUUGAAUGAGCAUCUUAUUUUUGCUCUUAGUGGAAUAUAAUUUAUGCCAUUUUUUUUUUUUUUAAGUAAAACAUUUAACGGCCAUUCUAAGCUGAAUGUACCUGGUCUCGUCAGAUUGCAGCUCAAGACCUGGCAAGUACCAGCUUGGGAGUCUGGCUGGGAGUCCUUGGUUCUGUUGACUAAGUAAAACACUACCAGAAUGCUGGAGUUGUCAGAUCCGAUCCUCAGUCCUUACUGACUGUCCCUUCUACAAGUAUUAUUGUUGACAUUGAUGUAAUGUUGGCCUUUUUACUGCUGGACAGACAUUGAACCCUUUCAUGGGUCACAUUGAUGCAUUUAGAAACUCUUUAUAUUGUGACAUGAAUGCUUUACUCAGCAUCUCAGAAGAAAUCUUGACUGUAACUGUUGUACGUCCUUUUGUAUAGGAACCACUACUUUUGUACAGUUACAUUUUAUAUCUAUUUGUAGAUAUUCCAUAAUGUUUGUUUUUUUUGUAUUUUUUAAACAUUUCCUCUGAACGCAUAUGUAACAUAUGUCAACCAUCUGUCAUUACUUCAGUAUUCACAUAAUAUGUUUUUAACAUUCACAAUAGUGGGUGCCUCUUCCAUAGGCCAUGAGUGUUUCUGCCAGGGGAUAUGUUGUAAAUUGAAAUAUCCAGGCACCUUGCCAACUGGCAUGUAUGUUUUAGACUUGUGUUAAAGCGAUUCUUGCGUGACUUGUUUAUUUUGAUUGUGGAAUGCAUUAUUAUUGCAGGUUUGUAUGAAAAUGAAUUCACAUGUAUAAGCAUAAAUCCAGUGUUCAAUAGAAAGGUGCUGCAUUGUGUCAUAAUAUACAGAGAGGCACCUAACCCUUCGGGAGAAUGGACUUUGGUCAUUGGUUUCCUUAUUUUGCUCAUAUUCCUCACAGCUGCCAUUAUAAAAGGGACUUAAAUGAGAAAUUCAUUGAAUAUCAUCGAAUGUCAUGGAAACUUACAGUGCAUUCAAAAAGUCUUCACUUUUUUCACAUUUUGUUAUGUUGUGGCCUUAUACUAAAAUAAAAUAAAAAUCAAGUUUUUCCUCAUCAUUCUGCACUCAUUAUCCCAAAAUGACAACAUUAAAACAGAAUGUUAAAAGUCUUUGCUAAUUUAUUGAAAAAGAAAACAUAAAAUCGUGCAUUCAGGAAGUGAAGUUGAAGUGAUUUCAGCCUCUAGUUUUUUUAAGUGACAUGCCACAAGGUUUGCACAUCUUGAUUUGGGGAUUUCCUGCUAUUAUUCUCUGCAGAUCAUCUUAAGAUCUCUCAGGUUGGAUGGGGACCGUCAGAGGCAGCCCGUUUUCAGGUCUCUCCAGAGAUGUUCAAUUGGGUUCAAUCAAGUCAGGGCACAGGCUAGGCUACUCAAGAAUAUUCACAGAGAUGUCGCUAAGCCACUACUGCUACUACUUGGCUGUGUGCUUAGGGUUAUUUUCUUGUUGGAAGGUGGACCUUUGGCACAAUCUGAAGUCCAAAGCACUCUGGAUCAGGUUUUCAUUAAGAAAAUCUCUACUUUAAGCUUUCCCUCAACUCUGACCAGUCUCCCUUCCCCAGACAUUGAUAAACAACCCAAUAGCAUGAUGAACACCUCAAUAGCAUAAUGAAGCCACCACCAUGCUUCACUGUAGGGAUGAUAUUAGCAGGUGAUGAGCAGUGCUAGACAUGACACUUAGAAUUGAGGUUUCAUCAGUCCAGAGAAUCUGUUUUAUCACAGUCUGAGUUCUUCCUCCUUUUGGCUUGGUUUCUGCACUGAUUUGCAUUGUCAGCAGAGACCUUACAUAUAAAUAGGUGUGUGUUUCCAAAUCAUGUCCAGUCAACGGAAUUUAACACAGGUGAACUACAAUCAACGUAUAGAAACAUCUCAAAGAUGAUCCAAAAAUGGAAGGCCCAGAAAGAAAUUUCUAGUGUCAUAGCAAAGGUUCUAAAUACUUAUGUUCAUGCAAUAUUUUAGCUUUUCCUUUUAAAUAAGUGUGCAAACAUUUCUAAAAUUCUGUUUUCACUUUGUCAUUAUGGGGUAUUAUGCAGAAUGAUGGGGGAAACUCGAUGUGUUUUUUUUUUUUAUUUUAGCACAAGGCCAUAACAUAAAAUGUGAAAAAAUUGAAAAGAGUCAAGUCUUUUCGAAAGCAUUGUAUAAGAAAAUCCUAUUGAUGAAAAGUCUGUAAUCCCAGGUCAUCACUGAUUUCUAUUACCAAAUUUUUUACGUUACUUACUAAAAGACCAUUAAUAUCAAUAUCAUUAUUGCUGCAAUGUUGUGAAAACUUUGAAAUCUAUGUGCAAUAGCUAAGUGGGUUUUACUGGACUUUAUAGAGCCCAUUCCUUUGGAAAAUCUGUAGUGAUUCGGGAAAACAGACUUCAUCAAUGUGAUUAUUCAAAAAAAUAUAAAUUAUAUGUCCUACAGAUACCUCCAACAGAUGCCGCUCAACAGUCAUACUUCACUAUAGAUUCCCAAACUUAAUCCUAAUUUUGUUAGGCUUUCAAUCCAGGUUAGCUAUGACAUUGCAUAUUUACCAAUUUAUAUUCAGGGAUAAUUGUCGGACAGCCCCAGGAAAUAAGGAAGUAUGUUAUUCAGGACGGGUAAACCUCAGCACAGAUCUAAUAUAUAGAGCCAUGGCCUGUCAUGCGUCUAUACUGUAACCAUUUUUUUCUUAAUCUGAGUUUUCUAUUUAGAGAGGAAUAAAGUCUCAUAUAGAUACAAUGUGGUAGCACAGACUCUGUGUCUUGUCAUACAAGGUCCAUGCAUGUAUCUUGCUAUGCUGAGUGCUUAAAAAAUGGUACCGCUGCAUGCCAAAAUACUAAUAAAGUUCCAAUAUGUUUUUUUUUUAUAAAGAAGUAGUUACAGCAACAUAGUAAUACAUAGUCUUUAAAUUCAGGUUGUGUUCACAUCUACAUUAGGAGCCUUUGUUGCAGAUUUUUAAAAAUACUGUAAAAAACUGUGCAGCG